AUGGCUUCUUCAAGCAAAGACACUUUGAAUCCACCAGCCGACGAGUUAACAGACUUUUUCCUCUACUUGGAAAACCACACGCAUGAGGGGAAGUCUAACACGGAGCUGAACGACGACAGGAAACGCUCUCGCGACGCAUACUUUGAGCGCUGGCUCGGCCACGCUCUCGCGAAUGACACCGCCAAUGCAACACUAUUUCGAGAAAAAUACGACAAGAGCGAUCGAACUGGACAAAAGCGUAAAGCGGAGAACCUGGAUGUCGUGACAGCCAAGAAAGCCUUCACUGACGAAUUUGUGGACGUCAAUGGGGUCAUGAACGAAUUCGAACAGCAUAUCAAAUACUGCUUAGAUACUUGCAACAAGGAUCCGGUAUAUGCUCCCUACUUCGCUCUGAUUCAGAGUUCGGGUUAUGGUAAAUCACGGUUGAUUGCUGAGUUGGCUCAAAACACAUACGUCAUCUACAUAUGCUUGCAUUCAAGUGAUGCCCAUGGAUAUCCUCUUCGCACCAGUGUUGCAGAUGACCUCUUGUUAACUCUUACUACUUUGCAACGUAAGGAAGGUGCCCUUGCUGCUAUU